CACGAUCCGCUUCAAGUUUGCUCUCGGUUGGGGAAAGAAAGAAGAGUUUGACAUGAAGAGUCACAGAGGAUGACAAACUUUUGACUGACAUAUGUUUUCAGGAAUGUGUUUUUCUCCAUCAUGUCCCGAUGAUGAUGGCCAAACUGCAGCCGAAACUUUUCAAAAGUGCUGGAGAAAGGAUUUCUCGUGUAAAAGAGAGCAGACCAGGAUCUCUGUACAAGUCUGAUCGAUUCAUCAGUUAAGACGUGUUGUGAAGGACAGUAAAUCCGGCACAAGUGUUAAAUUAAACGGACAACAUGCAGAAGUUGAAUUCGGUGAACAGUAACGCGGAGCUCCAGCAGCGGCUGGCGGAUCACGGUGGAUCCGGAGACACAGCGAGGGAAAACGGCACCAAACACAUCCCGAGUCCCGCGGAACCUGUGGAUACGGUUCAAUGCUCCAGCAGGAAGAUGCUGGUCGGGCUGGACGUCCUCUGUCUGCUCGUGGCCUCCAUUCCGUUCUUCGCCUGUGAGCUCAAAGCGGUGACUCCGUACAUGAGGGGCUUCUUCUGCGGGGACCCCAGCAUCACCUACCCUUACAUUAAAGAUGAGGCCAUUCCUGAUAGCAUGCUUAUAGCCGGGGGCAUCAUAAUCACAGGACUUACGAUUGCUGUCGGAGAGUGUUACCGGGUACGGUUCAGAGGUGUGCACUCACGAGCAUUUGUGCGAAACCUCUACGUGUCCUGCCUGUACAAGGAGCUGGGCAGCUUCCUGUUUGGCUGCUGUGUAGGGCAAUCCUUGACCAACAUGGCAAAGCUGAGUGUGGGCCGACUCCGUCCCCACUUCCUGUCGGCCUGCAAUGUGACCUAUGCUUCACUCAACUGCCUACCUGGAGCCUACAUUUCAGAUGUCAGAUGCAGGAACACGCUGAAGAUAGUGGAGGAGGCCAGAAAGUCCUUCUUCUCGGGCCAUGCAUCUUUCGCCAUGUACACCAUGCUUUACCUGGCAUUCUACCUGCAGGCGCGGCUGUCAUGGCGAGGGGCGCGACUCCUGCGACCGUUGCUGCAGUUCAUGUUGGUGAUGUUGGCAGUGUACACGGGACUCAGUCGCAUUUCUGACUACCGCCAUCACCCCACUGACGUCCUGACCGGCUUCCUGCAGGGGGGACUGACUGCUUACUGGGUGGCCUUUUAUAUCUCAUCCAUGUUUAAGAAGUCUCGUCCAGACAUGUCUCCCGCAAGCUUGUCUCUGGAAAGUCCCCUGUCCAGCCAGCAAACCGUUUGCUAACAGACCUGCACAUAGAGACACCCGAGAGAGAUUGAUAGUGAAAGCGGGAGUGAUGGAGCGAAUAACGGGAAUGGGACAAAGAACUUUGGAACGUGUUCAAAUCCUCACAGAGAACCAUUUCCUGCCCAUCCUGAGAGAAGAACAGUUAUGCAUACAUGUCUAACCCUUCAACAAACCCGUCCGCAUGGUAUCAACCCUCCAUAGAUAAAUGAUAUUUUUAUAUAAGAAAAAGUUUAUCCUUUAUAUUUUUGAAAUAUGUUCUAGUUGAAGCUGCUAAUAAUUGUUGUAUUGUAAUUUGUCACCUGUAGUCCAGGGUCAGAGAUUCACACAGUGAUUAAAGAUAAUAACCCAUAUGUAACUCUCAACAUGUAAAGCUUUUCGAGCACAUGUUGAAUGUUGGACAAAAAUGGACCAAUCACAGCAACCCUUGGGCCUCAGACCACACCCUUUAUGUUUGCUAUUGUACCUGGCUAGACCACUGUUCUGGUGCGCUGUUGCACAAUCAUAGCGGUGGCGAUUCUCAGACAACAACAUAGUGUCGACCUAGAU